CCUGCAAAAUCAUCAGUGUAUCAAAUACUUGUUCUCCCCACUGUACAUAUUUAGCUCUCAUCCAGAGAAACUUGAGUGGAUAMAUUUUUUUGUAUCUUUUUUACUGUAUUGCACCCCUGUGGGAAUUGAACCUACAACCCUGGUGUUGCAAGUGCCAUGCUCUACCAACUGAGCCACACAGGACUUCAAACAUAUAUUGACAUAUAUAUAUAUAUAUACUACAGAUACAAAUGCUAGACAASAUAUAUUGAGUAUUUCAUUUAUAUCAAACAAGGAUAGAGUUCAUACUUUGUUUUCUAAAGGAGGCAUCUAGGGAACUGUCAGGUACAUGUCCAAUUUUAUCUGUAGUGUCUAAGGGUUAUUUCUGCCUUGUCUGUCAAGGUUUAUGGUUACAUUUUCCAGAUGAACAGAGUUAUGGCUGACCCGAUUCAGGUUUUUGUGGACCACUGGCCAGAAUUCAAUGUCAUUCUCUGCAAACCACCAUAUGAGAAGGAGGGGGACCUUUUUAAAGACACAUGUGUUUUUACUAAAGAUGAAGCUUCUUUUAGGAAUAUCCUUGGAGAGAACAACACAAUUGACUGGACAAAGUUCCUAUGUUUAGGCACCAGUCUUUGCUAUGAGGAGAUGGUGAUGGCGGUGGCUUCUGAGAGAAAGGUGCCAGUGAAUAAAGUGUCUGUGUGUCACAUGAUGAUGCUCCAGGAUCCAUCCCGCCUUCCACCUGUAGAAAGUGCAAUUGAAUCAAUGAUAACCUCACUGGACGAAUCCCACUCUGAUCUAGUCAACAAAACCUGGAAGUUCGGGAACACGGAGAACAGUUUCCAGAUGAUCCGGAACAUGAUCCGGCACUACCCGUCUUGCUGUGUGCUGGAUGCAGAGAGCCAGCAGCCCAUAGCCUGGGUUCUGACCUAUCCCUCCUCUGCCAUGGGUAUGUUGUACACCCUGCAGGAGCACAGAGGACAGGGCCUGGCCAAAUCCCUGGUCAGCAGCAUGUCCAGGAGACUCUAUUCUCAGGGCUUCCCAGUGUACUGCUUCGUUGAGGAGGAGAAUACACUGUCCUACAGCCUCUACACCAACCUGGGCUUUACUGAGGACCCUCAAUACAGGGCUGCAUGGUUUGACUUUAACAGUUUGUGAUUAAGGUCUUGCAUAGAGAUCAAUGUUGACAUUAAAAGCUAUGCUAUUAUCUCCAAAAAAGAAGACAGUGUGUGAAGAGAUCAGGAUGGACUUUGAGCAAAUAUUACACUGAACAGUUAUUAAAUGUAUCUUAUCUAUGCACACGAUUCAAAUACCUUUUAGACUGGCAACGAUUCCAUUAUUUUUCAUUUAGUGACUAUCUUAUCCAGAGCAACUUACAGUAGUGAGUGCUUACAUUUUUUUUACUGGUCCCCUGUGGGAGUCUAACCCACAACCCUGUCGUUGGAAGCGCCAUGCUCUACCAACUGAGCCACACGGUYCCCUGUGGGAGUCUAACCCACAACCCUGUCGUUGGAAGCGCCAUGCUCUACCAACUGAGCCACACGGUACCCUGUGAUGUUUUUUUCUCCAGGCUUAUUUUCAGUGUGGUGUAAUUAGAAUGCCACAGUAAAAUAUGCUAAUUGUAUUCUGAGCUAUAACACUUCAUCCGUGUUGUUUAGAUUUCUGAUUCCAAAUGUUAAUUUAAAACAUCAAAUGAGGGAAUGUUUACAAAAACAAAACAAAAAAUUGAAAAAUAAAUAUAAUUAAACUCAACAAAAAAAGAAAAGUCCCYUUUUCAG